CGAUUUCGCUGUUGUAGUAGUAAUAAUUACCAUUAAUGUUGUGGUCCGUGGAACAAACGGUUCGUUGUGAGAAAAAAAGCGAAAAGCGACGUCGUUGGUUCAAUGAAGAAUGAAUCUGCUGCUGCUGCUUCAUUUUCAAGUGAAGUAUUAUACCUGCCCGUAAAUGGACUCUUGUAUUUUUGUUGAAAUGUAGCUGCGACUGGAAUACUUAGUCAAGUUUUCUAGGAUAUAAAAUACUACUCCUAUAUCCUGCACUAAUAAUGACAAGGUGGGUCUACUUCACCGUACUCGUAAUUUUAAUUUCGACAAGAACAACCAACCUGAAGACCGACGACACCUGCCAGAUACAUCAGAGCGUUUUAAACUGGCCGCAACUCACCUGCACGAACAUCGACUCGAACUUCUUCAGAAAUUUCAAGACCCCUUUAAAUCGAACUCAUUGGAUCCGAUGCGCUAAUUGCUCGUUGACCAUUAUCGAUGAAAAAACGUUUAAUUUUUCUAGAAAUAACGUUAGUUUUUUAGAAUUACCGGAAUGCAAAGUCAAAAGUGUAAAACGGUUUGCCUUUAGCAGUUUUUUUCUUUUGAAAAUUCUUAAUUUACGACGCAACGAGAUCGAUUAUUUGGAACCGAAAUGUUUUGCGGGUUUAAAACGCCUUUGGCACUUGGACUUAAGCUCGAAUUUGUUAAGAAUUUUAACGAAUAAUGUUUUUUCCGAUUUGCCCAAUUUGGACGUAUUAAAUUUAACGCAGAACCAAAUAUUUUACGUGCAGCCUUACGCGUUUGCUGACUUAAUUAAUCUAAAAUAUCUCUAUAUAAAUAACAACGAUUUGAAAAAAUUAGAAGACCGAAUGUUCAAACAUUUAUCGAAUUUAAAACUUUUGUACAUAGAGCGUAAUAAUAUUAUUGAAAUCCAUCAAAAUGCGUUUAUCGGCCUUAAGAACUUAAAUUAUUUAUAUCUGAAUCACAACAGUAUUAGUUUCUUAGUCCAAUACAAUUUUAAACCUCUGACAAGUUUAUUUAAUUUACAAUUAAGAUUUAAUAAUUUAAGUGAAAUUCAAGUAAGUUCCUUCAAUGGUCUUAAAAACCUGCGAUAUUUAUAUUUAGGUGAUAAUCACAUAAGCCUUAUUAAACCUUAUGGAUUAAUAGGUCUUGAUUCGCUCGUAGUGUUAGAACUAGUACGUAACAAUUUUAGCAGUAUAGAUUUUAGUUAUUUUGAUAAACUUCCUAAAUUGUACAUUUUAUGGCUUAACGAAAAUUAUAUAAGCAAUUUUAUAAUUAAUUCCGAGAAUGAAGUACAAAACUCUUUAGCAGUUGUAGAUUUAAGCUUUAAUAAGUUGGCAAACUUUAAUUAUACAAUAUUACAUAAGAAAAUGCCAAAUAUAAAAGAAAUCGUUUUUGCAAAUAACUCUCAUAGCUGUGAUUUUUUAACUGAUUUAUAUAGAUUCUAUUUAUUGAAAAAUAUCUCUUUGUGUUUAACAACCAGUUGUAGGCCCAACGAAACGAAUUUUUAUAUAGAUACUAUAUGUUUAGAAUCAUUCGAAAGUACAAUAGAACCUAUUUAUAACAUAACCGAUGAUUAUUCCACAGCCUUUGCACCUACUUUUGGUAUUUCUGUUUGGUUUUACACCGCUUUGUUUUUUAUUGUUUUUCUACAUUGUUAUUGACAGCUUUAAAUUUGAUUUUUUCUACCUCAUAAUUUAUCUUCUGGUUUUAUUUUGUGAUAAUAAAAACUAUAGUGAUAUUUCUAAUAAAUGUUUUUUUUUUGUCGAAAUUAUGCUAUGAUUCACCUCUUCAAACUCCACAUACUGGCAGGAAUAUUCUUUGAAAAAUAAAAAAUCCCAAA